AUGGCGGGGAUCGUACCGGAACAGUGGUCGGCAGCGGAGAACGGAAACGCAAACGUGACGGCGAAAGGAUCGAGCAGAGAGUUAAGACAUGGAAGAACAGCUCAUAACAUGUCUUCUUCUUCGUUGAGGAAGAAAUCAGACCUUAGAGUGAUUCAGAAGGUUCCAUGCAAAGGUCUUAAAGAUUUUCUAUCAAAUCUUCAAGAAGUUGUUCUCGGAACAAAGCUUGCCAUUCUUUUUCCGGCCAUUCCUGUCGCCAUUAUCGGCACUUAUUGUGGCUUCAGUCAGCCAUGGAUAUUUGGACUGAGCUUACUAGGACUCACACCUUUGGCUGAGCGAGUCAGUUUUCUGACCGAGCAACUGGCUUUCUACACCGGUCCUACAUUGGGUGGUCUACUGAACGCAACUUGUGGAAACGCGACUGAAUUGAUAAUCGCGAUUCUAGCAUUAACCAAUCACAAAGUCGCAGUGGUGAAAUACUCGCUGCUAGGUUCGAUUUUGUCGAACCUUCUAUUAGUUCUCGGGACUUCACUCUUCUGUGGCGGAAUUGCUAAUCUCCAAAGAGAACAACGGUUCGACCGGAAACAAGCCGAUGUGAACUUCUUCUUACUCUUGAUGGGUUUGUUGUGUCACUUGCUGCCACUGUUGUUUGGAUACGUGGGAAAUGAAGAGACUUCCGCUGCUCUUAUUUCCGACAUGACACUGAAUCUAUCGCGAGCUAGCAGUAUUAUUAUGUUAAUCGGUUAUAUCGCGUAUCUUGUUUUCCAGCUCUGGACUCACCGCCAACUAUUCGAUGCACAAGAUCAGGAGGAUGAGUAUGAUGACAAUGUAGCUGAUGAAGAAACUGCGGUGAUUAGUUUUUGGAGCGGAUUUGCGUGGUUGGUCGGGAUGACACUUGUUAUCGCAUUGCUAUCGGAGUAUGUUGUGGCCACAAUUGAGGACGCAUCGGAAUCAUGGGGACUAUCAGUGAGUUUCAUAAGUAUUAUAUUGCUUCCCAUUGUUGGAAACGCAGCUGAACACGCUGGAGCCAUCAUUUUUGCUUUCAAGAACAAGCUCGACAUAUCUUUGGGAGUUGCAUUAGGCUCUGCGACUCAGAUUGGCUUGUUCGUUGUCCCUUUGACCAUUAUCGUGGCGUGGAUUCUAGGAAUUAACAUGGAUCUCAAUUUCAGUCUCCUCGAGACCGGUUCUCUUGCUCUUUCUAUUAUCAUCACAGCCUUCACAUUACAGGAUGGGACUUCUCACUACAUGAAGGGACUGGUUCUCUUGCUUUGCUAUUUCAUCAUUGCCAUUUGUUUCUUCGUCGACAAAAUUCCUCAAAAACAACCAAAUGCUAUUCACAUGGGGAUUCAACCGAUGAACAAUAUUAUCACUUGGGGCAAAGGAGUUUUCUCAUCUUAA